CAGUGUCAUUUUCGGACUAUAGAAUUUAUACAUUUCUGGAUUCAGGAGGAUUGAGAAGUGCUGUGUGUGUGUCUGUGUGUGUGUGAAUUUGUGUGUGUAUUUGUUUAUAGCUUAGUUUAUGUAUUUAUAUCUAUGUGACUUCCUUGACAGAAGGCCUAAUGCAAGCACUUGUGUGGGCCUCUUCCGUGGUGUGGAUUGUGAUGUGUGUGUCAGGUAAGCCAUGUCAGCCGGAUGAAUUUGAGUGCCUGACAGGAGAGUGUGUGCCAGAGGCAUACAUAUGUGACUUCAGUCAUGAUUGUUCAGAUGGCAGUGAAGAGAGAAACUGCACCCUUUCAGAAAGAUGUGAUUUCGAAGAUGGGCUUUGUGAUCUACAAACACCAAACUCAAAUAAAUUGUGGACUCGAGGCUCAUGCCUGACUGACCCUGGACCUCCGUUAGACCACACCGGCAACCCUGCAGGACACUACUUGUUCCUGAAUUCCGAAAGUGGAGAGAUAGCCACAGCAGAAAUAUCCAGUCAGUUUUUUCUGCCCUCAGAGUCCUGCACGGUCACUUUCUACUAUCACAUUGGCCAAGCAGGUGGUGAAUUACAGGUUCUGGUUAGAUCUGAACCUUCAGGAGAGAAAAGACAAAUCUGGAUUCAGACCAGACAGAAUUUUGAUCCACUUUCAAAGCCCUGGAUUAGGACAGCAGUUACAUUCAGACAGAGCCAGGAGUUUCAGGUAAUAUUUCAUGGACUGGUGUUUGGCAGCAGCAAUCCUAAUGAAGUUAUUGCUUUUGAUGACUUGUCAUUCAGCCCAGGCUGUGUAUUGAUAAAAGAAAGAAGGCAUGUUUCCUCUGCAAGCCCCUCUCCGCUGGACUGCGGGGCAGGUGUUUUUGUGGACCCAGAGCAAGUGUGUGAUUUUACUCUGAAUUGUCCUCAUGGAGAAGAUGAGGCCAAUUGUCCUGCACUGUGUGAUUUCGAGUCGAACGCAUGUGGCUGGCAUGAACUUGCACCUGAUGAUGGAUUUGACUGGAUCAGAAGCUCACCUCAGAUAGUCUCUACAGACCAACAACACAAAGCACCUCCAAGGGACCACUCCACCAACACAAGCACUGGCCACUUUCUUCUAGUCCUGAGGAACAGCAGCCGUUUUUCUCAGCAUGCUUUACUCCAGAGUCCCACAUACCAGCAGGCAGGCCCGGACUGUAAAAUGACCUUCUGGCACUACAAUGCUGGUAUCUCUGUGGGUGCUGCCAACAUGUACCUGCAAAUCAAAGGCAUGGACAACAUCACAGUUCUGUGGCGCACACUUUAUAACCAGGGGAACGUUUGGCAGCUGGUGACCAUUCAGCUUGGCCGCCAGAAAAAGCCUUUUCAGAUCUCGGUGUCCAAACUGAGCCUGGGAGUGUAUGAUGGAAUCUCUGCACUGGAUGACAUUACUUUUCACAACUGCUCACUACCAUCGCCCAAGGACAAGUGCCCUACACCUGACUACUUCCACUGUAGGCAGAGCCGAGCGUGUGUGGACCGUCUCAAGCUUUGUGAUCUUGUUGAUGACUGUGGAGAUGGAACUGAUGAGGAAAACUGCUCCUCUGAGUUAAUGUGCAAUUUUGAGGAUGGAUUAUGCAGCUGGACACAGGAUAAAGAAGACAUGUUUGAUUGGACCUGGAACCAAGGACCUACUCCGACUCCCAACACCGGCCCCUUUAAGGACCACACAUGGUCCAGUGUGAGUGGGCACUACCUCUUCAUUGAGUCCUCUGCCCCUCAGCAAUUUAAAGACACUGCAGUACUCAUUAGUAGACCUUUUAAUCCCACUAUCAGCAAAGGAGAAGUCCCACGGGCAACUUGUGUCUUCAGGUUCCAUUAUCAUAUGCUGGGCCAGUACGUUUUCAGAUUAGCCAUCUACAUCCGCAACACUGACAGUGGGCGUGGCCAAAUGCUGUGGGUUCGUCAUGGUGACCAGGGCAACUUAUGGCACAGGAAGACCCUGUACAUUAACAGUGCACGACCCUUCCAGAUACUUGUAGAGGGCACAGUGGGGGAUGACUUCACAGGAGAUAUAGCAAUAGAUGACCUUUCAUUUCUUGGCUGUGAGCCAUAUAAGGGUGCACUUCCUUCAUUAGAACCAAGCACUCUAGCUCCUGUUAUCACUCAACCGACGUUACCUCCUCAUAGCUGUCAACCGGGUCAAUUUGUGUGUGGGGUUUAUGGAGAGUGUGUGAGCCAGAAUCAAGUGUGUGACUUCAGGCAGGAUUGUUCUGAUGGAGCUGAUGAAAAAGGCUGUGUGAUGGAACGGUGUGAUUUUGAGGGUGGAAAUUUAUGCGGUUGGACACUGGAUAGCCCCAAACCUCCAGUCCUGCUACAUGCCUUCCAGUGGUUAAUAGGACAAGGGGAAACGAUAUAUCAGGGUGAAGAAUUUCAUAGGCCUGUUAAUGACCAUUCACUUGGCACUGCAGAAGGAUGGUACAUCUAUGCAGACAGCUCUAAUGGUGGGUAUGGCCAUGUGUCUGAUCUUAUAACUCCACCAAUCACCGCCACAGGGCCCCAGUGCACUAUGGAAUUCUGGUACUACAUGAGUGGCUUUACUGUGGGAACACUACAGGUUCUUAUUAAGUCUGGUAAUGUCACACACGAGGUGUGGUCUGAAACUGGAAACCAAGGCAGCCGCUGGAUGCGUGGCAAAGUUUUUAUCGGCAUCCGCCACAAUUUUCAGGUCAUCCUUUGUAGUAAACGAGGUGUAAGCUACAUGGGUGAUGUGGUUGUUGAUGAUGUUGAAUUUACUGACUGUGCACCACCACUUUUCUACGGUCUCCCGUGCACCAAUCAUGAGUUUGCUUGUGCAAAUGGACUCUGUAUUCCUGGUGCCAAUUUAUGUGACUUCAUUGACCACUGUGGGGACGGCUCAGAUGAAAACCACUACAUCUGCAAGGGCUUUCAUGGCCAUUGUAACUUUGAAUUUGACCUUUGCUCCUGGCACCAACUGGAGAGUGACAAUUCUGACUGGUUGAUUAAAGCAGGAAGAAGAGCCACUGUAGGAACAAGCCCAGCAACUGAUCACACCCUGCGUAACCCCUCAGGCCACUACCUGUACAAAGAGAACUCUUUUGUCAAAUCCUCUGGGGACAUGGCUCGAAUCUCCAGCCCAGUGUUCAGCCAGAGCAGUAGAGAAUGCAAGAUGGUGUUUUACCUGCACAUGUCUGGUGAGGGCGCUGGCACUCUGAGUGUGUAUAUGAUCACAAAGUCCUCACUCCUCCUCCUCCUCAACCUCACAGGGUAUCAGGGCAACUACUGGAUCAGACAGGAAGUACCCCUUAUCUCCAAAGAGCACUUCCAAGUCAUGUUUGAGGGCAGAAUGGGUCAAAAUGGAAGGGGAGAUAUCAGCAUCGAUGACAUCACUUUCUCACCAGGCUGUCUCUUUAACCAUGAUUCAAAGACAAACCUCCCAGACCCUAUGCAAACUGGAUCCUGCCCACAGGGAUUACUUUGCUGUGAUAAUGGUGCCUGUUACAAACCAGAGCAACUUUGUAAUUUUAUUGAUGACUGUGGGGACAACAGCGAUGAGAAGAACUGUGGGACUUCUUGCUCAUUCGAAGAAGGACGUUGUGGAUGGAAGAGUUCCCUUGCAGACAAUUUUUAUUUAAUGCUAGGCACUGGCUCGGCCCGGAGCAUCAGACCACCAUAUGAUCACACUCUGAUGAAUGAAAAUGGCCACUUUUUGUAUUUGGCAUCCACUCCAGUAGGUUUAAAAGGGAAUAAAGCUCACAUGAGAAGUUUUGUAUAUAAAGAGUCCAGCGCCACCUGCAAACUUGCUUUCUGGUACUACAUUUCCCACAAGGCGACAGGAGUCAUUCGUCUCUACUUAAAGACAGAGAAUGAGCUGAAGGAGGUGUGGAUGGAGCAGAGAAUGAUGCCUGAAUGGAGGAGAGCUGAGGUGCCUCUGAGGAACCUGAGGAACUUUGAACUUAUCUUUGAGGUAGUGCGUGCGAGAGAUGUCAGCGGCGGGGCAGCACUCGACGACCUGCAGUUUAUUAACUGUGCACGCAGUGGCACACUUCCUGGUUCUUGUCCUGCAGCAUCUGAUUUUGUGUGCAACAAUGGCAACUGUAUCGUUUCCAGCUUGGUGUGUGACAGUAAGGCAGACUGCACUGACGGAUCUGAUGAGCUGGACUGCAGUGGCUUAGCAGGAGCCUGUAACUUCAACAUGCCUGAGGAUGAGUGGGAGGCAGCGUGUCAACUGGUGCAAGAUCAGGAUGACGACUUUGACUGGCAGAUCGGACAUGGCAAUAAACAUCAAGGAAGAGGACCAUCUACUGAUCACAGCCCCGAUGGUAGUGGGAGCUACCUGUUUGUGAACUCAACCUUGCAGCGAGAGGGGGAUGUUGCUCGUAUAAUCACCCAGCAGGAGUUUCCUGCCAGUACUGGUGUCUGCCAUCUGCGCUUCUGGUUCCACAUGUAUGGCUCCAAACAAAUGGGCAUGCUGAAGGUGCACACAGUGGGCACUAGCGGCAUUCCCUUACUUAUGUGGGCUGCUAGUGGGAACUAUGGAAAUGGGUGGCAUUACAGUAACGUGCUGCUGUCAAAUCCUCAUCCCUUCAGAGUGAGUUUUCAGGCUGACGUGGUAGGAAACAAUUGGACAGACAUCGCCAUCGAUGACCUCUCAUUUACCCAAGAGUGUGCUAAAGGAGCUCUUGUCACCCCUGUCCCCCCGACAUGUAACUUGGAACAAUUCCAGUGCGUCUACUUGUUGGAGUGUAUCUCCUUGGUCUUGCGCUGUGAUGGAGAAGUGGACUGCAUGGAUGGUUCAGAUGAAGAGGAUUGUGGGACUGUGCCACCACAAAAAGGCUGUAAAGACACAGAGUACCACUGUGGCAAAAACAUGUGCAUUCCAUCAUUGCUGCGCUGUGACAGCGUAGCAGACUGCCCCAAUGGCGAAGACGAAUAUGGAUGCCCUGUUGUUCAGUGUGCGAUUGGGGAGUUGGUGUGUGAGGAGACCGCUAGCUGUAUUGUUCACAACCAGCGGUGUGAUCAGACUGCAGACUGUCCUGCCUUCAAGUCUGACGAGUCCAGCUGCAAUGAUUGUCCCACCGGAUACUGUCUCAAUAAUGGAAUGUGUACAGUGGAGAAACAUGGACCUUUGUGCAUCUGUAAAUCAAUGUGGACUGGAAACCGCUGUCAUGUGCAACAUAAACCAACCCCUCCCACAACCUCAGUUGUGAUCGCUGACACUAGACCAGUGAUUGUGUACAUUGCUCUAAGUGUAGCAGUGAUCCUGAUAUUGGCUGUUGUCAUUGGCACUUUUUUACUCUGCUUCAUACAAAGAAAGCGUAGGGCUAAAGAUUCCAGGUUAAUUGAAAAUGAUGAACUGGAAAAUGAUGCUGCCAAGUUCAGAGAACAGUUUCCAGAUGUGAGGCCUCGAGAAUCUGCUGCCUUUAAAGCAAGAUGGAGUAAAUUUCCUAAUCUGGCUAUCAGUGUUUAUCCAUGGAGAGAUGAACCAGAGAGGCUUGGAUGAACUGCUCAAAGGCAAUAAUAAUUAUAAUGUCCACAUGGGUACCUGGUCCCUCAUUAAGUCCUCCUAGGUAACUUAAACUAUAAACACUCCAUGACCAUAAUCAUUCAAACAAGUGGCAUGAAUAUGAAUGGUUUUCUAAUCUUUUUUUCAUCCCUCUGUACUGUAUCUACCUUGUCAGGAUUCUGGUCCAGUCUGUUUCUACUUCCCAAUUUUUGUAUCAUUAAGAGCCCGACUGCCCAUGGGAAGAAUCCAGUGCAGGGUCUAGCACUUACACCUUGGAUGUUUCAGUAACUUCUGCCAGACAGCAGUUGCAUGAAAAGUGCAUGGGGGUCGUUUACAAUUUUAGGUGGUUUUGAGGAUACACCAUAGGUCCUCCUGAAGUCCACAGUUCUCUCUUUUAUUUUUAUUGAUAUUACCAGGACCUCCUCAGCAGAGACCCUCAGUACACUACUGCAGCUUAGUUUGCUGAUUCAUGAUUGUGCAGUGAAGCACAGCUUGAAUCACAUCAUUAACUUUACUGAUGAGACAACAGUGCUGGGCCUCAUCAGAAACAGCGGAAAGUCAGCAUACACAGUGGGUGAGUUGUGAUAUGCAGAUUGUUCUCUCUAUCUUAUAUACAGUACAAGUUGGUAUCAAAAAGCUUUAAGACUAGCUCAGUUUACAAGAAAGUACCUUAUUUAUCUACGUAUACAUGUUAAUACAUGUUAACACCUUUAAAAUAGUCUCCUUGCUCAGCAAUACAGCAUUUCCAAUGUUCCUGCUACUCCUGGAAGUCUUCUUUUCAAAGUAUGUCAAGCACCAUCUGCUAUUCAUGCUGGAUCUCUGCAGUGGUGUAAAACAGUGACCUUUGAGCGGGACCUUCAUCUUCAGGAAGAGGCCAAAGUCCACAGAAGACAAA